AUGGUCAACUCUGGCGGCGAAACCAAUGACGGCGGAGGUUUCGGGGGCCGGUGCGUCUUUCCUCACAAAGGCGAGGCUGGAACUGCGCGGAUGGAACUGGAGCCGGGUGGGCCACUGCCAGUCCCGUCAGCAGCAGGUGGUCACUGCGCGGCCGAGGCGUCCAUCGCUGCUGCCCGCUGGUGUGGGCGCGCGCUGCUCGGAACGCCAUCCUUGACGGUGGGGGUUGCGCGUCACGCCUCCUUUGCGCCGCCUCACCAGGGCAGCCAGAGCCCAGCUCACACCAAGCUCCCCCGGUCCAUGGUCCGUGAUUUCUCGCAUUUUUGCUACGGCUAUCCCAGCCCGGAGAUAAUGAAGGGGCAUGUCACCUGGCACUCGAGAAGAAGUAUUCAUGAUUUGAAAGCUCCUGCCAGCUGA